ACUGUAGCAGUAAGAGUAGCAGCUGGAGGCUCAGUCUAUGCUGUGCCACUUUGCUGGUGCUGGGGAAGCUUAUAAAGAGACGUUGGCAUUUUAAUACCUUGGAGAACGGAGCAGGAGUGUCAUCACAGCAGAGGACCAUGUUGCGUCGUAAACCCUCCAAUGCCAGUGACAAGGAGCCCACUCAGAAGAAAAAGCUCUCACUUCAGCGCUCCAGCAGCUUCAAGGAUUUUGCCAAAUCCAAGCCCAGCUCCCCUGUGGUGAGCGAGAAAGAAUUUAACCUGGAUGAUAAUAUUCCAGAAGAUGACUCCGGUGUUCUUACCCCAGAGGAUUCUGGGAAGAGUAGCAAAAAGUUGGGAAAGAAGUGGAGGGCAGUCAUUUCCCGAACCAUGAACAGGAAGAUGGGCAAGAUGAUGGUGAAGGCCUUGUCAGAGGAGAUGGGAGACAUGCUGGAGGAGGGCUCUGUUUCCCCAGCAUCUCCAGACUGCAGCCUAGACAGCCCCGGUCCUGAGAAGAUGGCCCUGGCCUUUUCUGAGCAGGAGGAGCGGGAAGUGCCAGCACUCAGCCGCCAGACGUCAACAGGCAGUGAACUCUGUAGCCCUGGCCCAGGCUCUGGAAGCUUCAUGGAAGAGUCACCUGCUCCCCAGUACACAGGGCCUUUCUGUGGGCGUGCUCAAGUCCACACUGACUUCACUCCCAGCCCUUACGACCACGACUCACUGAAACUGCAGAAAGGAGAUGUGAUCCAGAUCAUUGAAAAGCCACCUGUGGGAACUUGGCUGGGCCUGCUCAAUGGCAAGCUGGGCUCUUUCAAAUUCAUCUAUGUGGAUGUGCUACCAGAGGAGGCUGUGGGACCUGUGCGCCCCAGCCGCCGACAGAGCAAAGGCAAGAGGCCCAAGCCCAAGACUCUGCAUGAACUGCUGGAGCGCAUUGGCCUGAAGGAGCACACAUCCACUCUGCUGCUCAAUGGCUACCAGACACUGGAAGACUUCAAAGAGCUGCGGGAAACACACCUCAAUGAGCUGAAUAUUAUGGACCCACAGCACCGGGCAAAGCUGCUCACAGCUGCAGAGCUGCUGCUGGACUACGACACCGCUGGCAGCGAAGAGGCUGAAGAAGGUGCAGAGAGCAGCCAGGAGCCUUUGGUGCACACAGUGUCAGAACUCAAGGUGGACAUCCCACGCGACUCUGGCUGCUUCGAGGGUUCAGAAAGUGGGCGUGAUGAGGCAGAGCUGGCAGGCACAGAGGAGCAGCUGCAGGGUCUCUCCCUGGCAGGGGCACCUUGAAGUGAAGAUGGCAUAGGCCGAGGCUGAGCCCUAGCUGCAGAGACUGCAGGGAUGGGCGGGGCCUCCCAUAAUGGCUCAGGAUCAGAGGACUGGUGCAGAAUCUGGCCCUUCUUCCCCAGGGAGGCUUAUGGCUGAAGGCCCUGCCAGGUUGCUAUAGGUUCAGACAGAGUGAAUAAGGGACUGCCAAAAGGCAUACACCACCUUUUUGGACCCUCCCCCUCUACCAGUGACUGACAGAAUAACCACUUCUGGCAUCUCCUAUUCUCUCACUAUGGCCUUACAAGUGGGACACCAAGGAAUCUAGCCAUGCCAUGUGACCAUGCCCCCCCCCCAAACUCUCUUACCUUCACACCACUGUCAUACUGCUUCUAAGAAGGACACCAAACUACUGUUUCAAACCAGUCUUUAAAGCCCUAAGGAAGCUGGCUCUUUCAAAGGACCUCAGUUGGACAUUGGUGAGUCCAGAAUUCCUUAAAUGAGGUUUGAAGGAAGCCUCACAUACUGUCUCCACUACUCUUCUCAGAGUUCUAGAGGUCUGACUACUAAGUCACCAUGAGACUUGAACUAUAUGUCUGCCUUAUUUUUGGCUUCAGCUUGGUAAGGAUUCAAAUGGUCAGUUAUUGAGGGCUCCACAAGCUGAUAAUUCUGCACCUUUAAAUAUGUGCUCUCCAGCUGCCUGCCAUCCAGGAUACCAGUGGACUUCCUGAAGAGGCUGGAAGGGCCUAAAGUGUCCAAUGAAAUAGCUCUUCCUUCUCAUCCAUUUCAUACCUUUCCAUGUGACUCAAACUGAGUGGCAACUUUUCCCAGCUUAAAAAAAGAUUCCCAUAUCUCAUACUAGAAGUGACCCCACUUAUUCCUUGGCCCCUUAAAACACAGUUUCUCACAGGAUGAUUGAAGAUGGAUACACCUUCCAUGGCACAACUGCCUCCUGAAAGUCAGAUACAGGUAUGGGCCCAGGCUUGUUCAUUUAUGUGGAUCUUCGUAAGCAAAGGCAGGCUUUUGCUUGCCAUUGGAGGCUCCACUACACCCAACAUUGAUUUGCUGAAAGUUUUAGUGUCCUAGCUCCAAAGUGUCAGUAGAUCGUCACAUCUAUUACGGGUACCCUUGACUUCAGUAGCAAAAGAAGCUCUUCCUGAUGCAAGCUCAACUGUGCCCAUCACAGGUAGGACUACCUGCUUAGUGAGUGGGCAUGCUUCUGAUCUCCUACCAAGAACUUUCAUAAAAUCUAGUUUGGGUAAAGGAGUUGAAUGUAAAUAAAGGACGGUGGACAGACAAAUUAGUAUAAAUAAAUAUAAAUAAAACUUAA